AUGAAAUCAAAAGGGAGCCGGUUGUCAACAGAUUGCCCUGUCGAGUUUCCCAAGAUAAUCUCUGAAUUUGCUGAGGAAGUAAAAAUACGUAGACAAAGUUCCCAAGGCCAGAACGUCGAUUCCUAUCAUGCAACAAGCCCUGAGCUGAAACACAGAAGACAGAGAUCAUCAUCUUUUGUUAACGGUAAAUACAGGAGCAGGGAUAUUCCACUAUUGGACAACAAGAAUGCAGAAGAAAUUAGCUCGAAUUCGCACGGCCAAGACAUCGGUAUCAGAAACUUACCACGUCAACGGGAGUUGUUAAAUGCCAAAAAUGGAAUUCACUUUACGCUGAUGGUUGCGGGUCAAAGUGGACUGGGUAAAACAACGUUCAUCAAUUCCUUAUUCUCUACUUCUUUAAUUGAUGAUAAUAUUAAAGAAAACAAACCUAUUGUUCGUUAUAAAAGUGUUGUAGAAGGGGAUGGAACACACCUCAAUUUCAACGUCAUUGAUACGCCUGGAUUUGGCAACAAUAUGGAUAACGCAUUCACAUGGAGAACAAUGGUUAAUUAUAUUGAUGAAGAAAUAAGAUCGUACAUUUUCCAAGAGGAACAACCUGAUAGGGCAAAAAUGGUCGAUGAUAGAGUUCAUUGUUGUUUGUACUUCCUAAAGCCUACUAAUAAGGGGAUUGAUGCUUUAGACGUCGUAACGAUGAAAAAAUUAGCAAAGAGAGUGAAUUUAAUUCCAGUUAUUGCCAAAGCAGAUUCACUAACUAAAGAGGAACUGAAAAAUUUCAAAAUGGAAAUCAGAGAAAUAAUAAGAGUACAAGAUAUCCCUGUAUGUUUCUUCUUCGGCAAUGAUGUUUUAAAUGCAACGCAAGAUAUUUUUCAAAAGUAUCCCUUCAGUAUAAUCGCAUCUAACGAGUAUAUUUUCAAUGAAAAAGGUGAAAGAGUUAAGGGAAGACAAUACAAAUGGGGCGCUGUUGACAUUGAAAAUGAAAAGUAUUGUGACUUUAAAAUCUUGCAAAAGACGCUUUUUGAUUGGCAUUUAAUCGACCUUGUAGAAAGCACGGAAGAAUACUAUGAAAAAUGUAGAUCUGAAAUGUUAAGAACCAGGUUAUUAAAGGCCAGAGAUUGUUUAACAACAAAAAGUGUUGAUUUAACCGAAGAACAGAAGAAGUUCCUGGAAGAAGAAAUGAAUUUCGAUGAACUCGAGGAAAACAAGUUGAAAAAUUACAAGUGCUAUGAAAUAAUCAAUAAAACCAUCAUGGAUAAAGUGGCUACAGAAUGGGAUCCUGAAUUUAUAACUAGACAAUUAGAGGCCAAAAAGAAAUUCAACGAACUGUCCAAUAGAGAAAUUUCAAAGUUUCGAGACUGGAAAAAGAGCCUAUUCAUGGAACAAGAAAAUUUCAACCAAGAAAUUGAACAAUUGAAUCAUAAGUUGGAAAACUUACAGCUGGAAUGCCAAGACUUGGAAUAUAAGUUGUUAAUCGGGAAAAGUUCUAACAAUCAUUCCACAGACAGUGCUACUUUAGUGAAUGUUCACAUCAGAAGGUAG